AUGUCUGAUACUGUCUUCACCCUCAACACAGGCGCCAAGAUCCCUGCUCUCGGUCUGGGAACAUGGCAGUCUGCACCUGGUGAGGUCAAGAGUGCUGUUUCGCACGCUCUGAAGAUUGGCUACAAGCACAUUGAUGCCGCAUACGUGUACGGCAACGAGGAUGAAGUCGGUGAGGGUCUCGCCGAGGGCUUCAAGUCUGCCGGCAUCAAGCGUGAAGACGUCUUUGUCACCACCAAGUUAUGGUGUACCUACCACUCUAGACCCGAGGAGAACCUCGAUCUCAGUCUCAAGUCGCUAGGCCUUGACUACGUAGAUCUCUAUCUCAUGCACUGGCCCGUCCCCAUGAACCCCAAAGGCAACGACCCCAAAUUCCCCAAACACCCCGAUGGCUCCCGCGACCUCGACACAACCUGGUCCUACACCCAAACCUGGAAGGAGAUGGAAAAGCUCCUCGCCACCGGAAAGACAAAGGCCAUCGGUGUCGCCAACUUCUCAGUUCCCUUCUUGGAGGAACUCAUGAAGGAAGCCAAAGUCACCCCCGCCGCAAACCAAAUUGAAAACCACCCUUACUUGCCUCAACAGGAAAUUGUGGAUUACUGCAAGGAAAAGGGUAUUUUGAUUACUGCAUACAGUCCUUUGGGUAGUACUGGAUCGCCGCUGUUCCAGGAGAAGGAGAUUCAGGAGGUUGCUAAGAAGCAUGAUGUUUCGCCCGGUACUGUGUUAUUGAGCUACCAUGUUGCUCGUGGAAGCUCUGUCAUCCCCAAGUCCGUAACGCCAUCGCGUAUUGAGGAGAACAUGAAGUUGAUCAAGCUCGACUCUUCGGAUGUCAAGGCUCUUGACAACAUUGCAAAGACACACCCUCCUAACCGCUUCGUGUACCCUGCCUUUGGCGUCAACUUGGGCUUCCCCGACAAGCAAUAA